UCUUCGGCACAUAAAUAAAGUCUCUUCGCCGCUCGUUCAAUUUUCUUCUUGCUUCCCUCUGUUUCUUCCAGCCGGCGAAAAUGGGUUUUAAGAGAUUCGUGGAGAUAGGGCGAGUGGCCCUUGUUAAUUACGGAAAUGAUUACGGGAAGCUCGUUGUUAUCGUCGAUGUUGUCGACCAAAACAGGGCACUUGUGGAUGCCCCUGACAUGGAGAGGAUCCAGAUGAAUUUGAAGAGGUUGUCUCUUACUGACAUUGUCAUUGAUAUCAACAGAGUUCCCAAGAAGAAGGUUUUGAUUGAGGCAAUGGAGAAGGCUGAUGUGAAGAACAAGUGGGAGAAGAGUUCAUGGGGUAGGAAACUCAUUGUGCAGAAGAGAAGAGCUGCCCUCAAUGAUUUUGACAGGUUCAAGGUCAUGUUGGCUAAAAUCAAGAGGGCUGGUAUCGUGAGGCAGGAGCUUGCUAAGCUAAAAAAGGAGAUCAUUGCUUGAUUUCUCUUACUUAAUCACCCACCAGUUUCUUGUUUUUUGAAUUUGUUCUUAGCUCAAAUUAUGAGAUCAAUUUUGCUGAUUGUUAGCUACUUAUAUUUUGCUGUACAAUACUACGAUCUCAGUUUAGUCGUGGUCCGAUGCUCGAUAUUUUUGAACU